UGCACAGCGCACCACAUUAAUCGGAGCUCCGACGGCCCGCGUGUGGCAUGAAACAUCCCUUUCGAGCCGCUGCCGGCGCUCAUGAUCCUCUCACACCUUGGCACCGGCAGCCAAGAGACUCGUCUUCGUCAUCCACUCGACUUCACGCAUCGUGGGAAGAUCGCUGCUCCACUUGGGACUUCACUGCCUGCUUGUAUGUCCGGCUAGUCGGCGGAGUGACUUGUCGGUGCUAGUCCCUCUUCAUCUUCAAGGCUUGUAUACGAGUACAGCCGGCUCUCGUACGACUGCGGGCCUACCCGCCUUGACAACAGCGGUGUCACCGCUUUGCGCCCCAUCUGCUCGUUCGUGUCAGGGUGGUGUGAGACGCACGGUGACGAGAAAGGAUCUGACAACGCCUCAGCCGGAUGGUGUCGGCAAAUUAACAACACACGAGAAGCUUUCCGAAAGCGUCCAUUGCCUCUGACCGCCAUGAACGUGCUGAAGACUUACUUCAGCCCUACCAGGAUCAGCCAGCCCGCAACCUUGAAAGGGAAGGCUGCAAGGCCCAUUCAGCAGACCAGUAUACAGCGACUGCUUCGGAUCUUCGCGGCUUGGAAGGCUGUGCUACUAAUCGUCGCCCUGCUGAGUCCUGGCGUCGGGUAUGACACGAGCACGCGAAUAUUGUUCGAUCAGCAUGCCAAGAAUCACCAUCUGUCGUGGGUUUCUUCAGCGAUAGAGUACAUCGUGCUUCGCCUGACAAGGUGGGACGCCAUCUACUUUGCGAGCAACGCGUCUCGUGGUUAUGUUCGUGAGCAGGACUGGGCCUUCAGCUGGCUGCUAUCGAAGUGCACCUCUUUUUUCGCUGGAGCUCUCCUAUGGCCUCUACCCGUCUCCUCCAUUGUCAAGCACGCCAUCGCCGGCAUCUGCAUCUCCCAUCUCUCCCACGCUCUCGCAGUCAUCGUGCUCUAUCAGCUUGUUUACACCAUCACCCCGUCUCCCUCUGACCAACGCAAGCGGCAAGUCGCCUUCACGACAGCAUGCCUACACAUCCUAUCUCCCGCCGGCAUCUUCCUCUCCGCACCCUACGGCGAGUCCACCUUCGCCCUCUUCAACUUCCUCGGCCUCUUAUGCUACGCCAUCGCAGUCGACGCCCGCUUCUCCAACUACGCCGAUGCCUACCAAAUCGACGCCUGCUGGACGCUAGGCGCCGGUAUCUUCUUCGGUCUAGCAAGCAUGAUACGCUCCAACGGCCUGCUAAGCGGCUUGAUCUUCCUAUGGGAUGCCGUUCUCAGCUUACCUAACCUCCCCCAACUUCUUCGCAUCCGCGACCUGGAGCAGCUAACCCGCCUCCUCUCCACCCUCACCGCGGGCCUGAUCCUAGCAUCCUGCUUCGCCUUCCCGCAAUACCUCGCCUACACCCAAUACUGCACCAACACUAACGCCCCCCGGCCCUGGUGCACCGCCACCCCUCCCUCCAUCUACACCUUCGUGCAAUCCCACUACUGGAACGUCGGACUCUUUAGGUACUGGACCCUCCCCAACCUGCCCCUCUUCGCUCUCGCCUUCCCCAUGGGUUGGAUCAUGGUCGAGACAACCUUCCCCUGCCUACUUCAGUCCCAUCACGUCAACCGCGUGCUCAACGGCUCCACGCAGGCGGACCAGAAACCGCAACCAUACCCUCCCACCCCGCAAACGCGUCGGGAGAAAGUCCUCCAACAUCUGCUCCCCCGCUUCGCCCUCCCGCAGUUGCUACUCGUGGCGUUGGCGGCGACGAGUUUCCACGUCCAGAUCUUGAACCGAAUUAGCUCCGGGUAUCCGAUCUGGUAUCUCGCGCUAGCGAUUGAGAUGUGUGUGCCCGCUUGGGGAAGCGGGGAUGAAGGUGUGGAUGGGAAGAGGCAGGCGUUGUUCAGGCUGUUUGGGAAUUAUGAUCGCAUUCCGUCUGCACGGCCGGAGUGGGUGGUUAGGGGCAUGAUGGUGUAUGCGGUGGUGCAGGCGGGAUUGUUUGCAAGUUUUUUGCCGCCGGCUUGAGAGGGUGGGCUAGGCUUAGGUUGGGAAUGCCAUGGGUGUGGCGGUUUUAACGGGUUCGACUCAGAUGUAGUCACUGGACUUCAGCAAGUGUUCCUAUCAAAGCAUGUACGGCAUAAAGUUUGUCAACAGGAUUGCUUGUAUUGAACGAGCAUAUGAUGGCAAUAUAGUCCAUCAACCCAUCGACUACGUGGAGAAGCCACAAGAUCCGGGAGGAGCAUAUUACAUCCUAGAGCUUUGCUGUCGAAAGGAGGCUUCACUGUGCUCGGGCUAUACCAAUAUGAACAUACACCACAGCGGCAUGGGAUAUGGCAACAUAGACCUGCAAUCCAUUCUUGGCAGCUCACAUGUCGCUAAGGAUACAUGUAUUUUCGGA